GACUCGUUCACUUCCACCAUUAGAGGGAGACCUCACAGCGCAGACAGACAAGUCCACAGCUUCAAUAAAAAAUUGUAUUUUUUUCUGAGCGGGAGCCCUAUUCACUGACUGAGAACAAGGCUUAGGCGAUACUUAUACUCAAUAUCCACCUCAGCAAUCCAUGAAAAUGCUCUGGAAAUUAACUGAUAACAUUAAAUAUGAAGAAUGUGAGAUGUUGGUGCACAGUUUUUCCGCGAUGGACCGCCACGACGGCGGCAGCAACGGGACAGCUCGGCUACCUCAGCUGGGCGGCGUUGGCCAGAGUCCGUACACGAGCGCCCCGCCGCUCUCCCACACGCCCAACUCCGACUUCCAGCCUCCAUACUUCCCGCCACCCUACCAGCCCAUCUACCCGCAGUCUCAGGACCCGUACUCGCACGUCAACGAUCCGUACUCUCUGAACUCCCUGCACGCCCAGCAGCAGCCCCAGCACCCGGGCUGGCCGGGCCAGAGGCAGAGCCAAGAGAGCAGUUUGCUCCACCAGCACCGCGGCUUGCCCCACCAACUGUGUCGGGAGUAUCGCAGGGAGGUGCUCCUACCUUCGGGCCACGGACUUGAUUCGGGACUGUCAGAUUCUAUCCCUAUUCAUGGAAUACCUCAUUCUUUAGAAGACGUCCAGCAUGUCGAGGACCAAGGAAUCCACAUUCCCGACCAGACAGUAAUUAAAAAAGGUCCAGUUUCUCUUUCCAAGAACAACAACGUCUCUGCCAUCCAGAUAAAUAAGGACGGUCUCUUCGGCGGCGUGGUGAACCCCAACGAGGUGUUCUGCUCGGUUCCGGGUCGCCUCUCCCUGCUCAGCUCCACAUCAAAGUACAAGGUCACUGUGGCGGAAGUACAGAGACGCCUCUCGCCACCCGAGUGCCUCAACGCUUCUUUGCUGGGAGGGGUUCUGAGAAGGGCCAAGUCUAAGAAUGGAGGAAGAUCCUUAAGGGAGAAAUUGGAUAAAAUUGGCUUAAAUCUACCUGCUGGCAGACGCAAGGCGGCGAACGUUACCCUGUUGACGUCACUAGUCGAAGGCGAAGCCGUACAUCUUGCCAGGGAUUUUGGUUAUGUAUGCGAGACAGAGUUUCCAGCCAAGGCAGUAGCUGAAUAUGUAAACCGUCAGCAUUCCGACCCAAACGAACAAGUCCAAAGAAAAAAUAUGCUAUUGGCAACGAAGCAAAUUUGCAAAGAAUUCACAGACCUGCUUUCCCAGGACCGCUCGCCGUUGGGGAAUUCUCGACCACAGCCUAUUCUUGAACCCGGGAUUCAGAGCUGCUUGACCCAUUUCAGUCUAAUUUCUCACGGAUUCGGGACCCCCGCAAUGUGCGCGGCCCUCACCGCCCUCCAGAACUACCUAACCGAGGCUGUAAAGGCCAUGGACAAAAUGUACCUCAACAACAACCCAAACAGUCACUCAGACAGCGGGUCGAAAGGCGGAGACAAAGACGAGAAGCACAGAAAGUGAUUCCCAUCACCUGCCAAGUUGCCCAGUCGUCGCCCCCCCCCCCC